UUAUUCAUUAGUCAUUGACUGAAGAAACGCAAAUAGAAUUGCUGUCCACUAACAAAGUGGCACCGACGCCGAGUAUAACUCAAAAAGUGCGGUCUGGAGCUGCGUUAAUCUAAUCUGGCGUCUAGCGUGUAAAAUCGUCGUUUGAAUUUUUGUUUAGCCGGCGUGUGUCGGUCAGUCGGUCGGCUGAUCAGUCAUUGAAUCAGUCAGUAGCUGUGCAAAGACGCCACCGGACGUGCCCCGCUGUCAACUUGGAAUUCGCAUCAUUAAUAAAUUAACAGCAAUAAAAUGGUAGCACAAUCGAAACUUAGCCAAGUGUUUAGCUAUCAAAAUUGGGUGCAUGCCGUCUCUGGCGCAGCCGGUGGCUGCAUAGCCAUGAGCACCUUCUAUCCACUGGACACAGUGCGUUCCCGCUUACAAUUGGAGGAGAGCGGCGAGGUGCGCAGCACGAAGCAGGUAAUCAAAGAGAUUGUGCUUGGCGAGGGAUUCCAGUCUCUGUACCGUGGACUUGGCCCAGUGCUGCAGAGCUUAUGCAUCUCAAAUUUCGUCUACUUCUACACAUUCCAUGCUCUCAAGAUGGUCGCCUCCAAUGGUGUGCGUGGCCAGCAGAGUGCCCUAAAGGAUCUGUUACUGGGCAGCAUUGCUGGCAUCAUCAAUGUAUUCUCGACAACACCAUUCUGGGUGGUCAAUACGCGUCUGCGCAUGCGCAAUGUGGCCGGCACCUCCGACGAUGUCAACAAGCACUACAAGAGUCUCCUGCAGGGACUGAAGUAUGUGGCCAAAACGGAGGGCUUGACGGGUUUGUGGGCUGGCACAAUUCCCUCGCUUAUGUUGGUCUCGAAUCCGGCGUUGCAGUUCAUGAUGUACGAGCUUCUCAAGCGUAACAUUAUGACAUUCACGGGCGGAGAAAUCGGCAGCUUGGGCUUCUUUGUGAUUGGCGCCAUUGCCAAGGCAUUUGCCACGGUGCUGACCUAUCCACUGCAGCUGGUGCAGACCAAGCAGCGCCAUCGCACCAACGAGUCGUCAAGCGGACCCUCCACCUCCCAGCAGGCGGGUAAGAACAAGACACCCAGCAUGCUGGAGCUGAUGGUCAGCAUACUGCAGCAUCAAGGAAUCGCUGGUCUCUUCCGUGGUCUGGAGGCUAAGAUUCUGCAGACGGUGCUGACGGCGGCGCUGAUGUUUAUGGCCUAUGAGAAAAUAGCCGGGAUUGUGAAGUUGCUGUUAAAGCGCAGUGCUUGAGAGGCUCUAGUCAAACUAUAAUUUAUUUGUAAAGAAAAAUCAGAACCGGACACAACAUGGCAGAGGAUAUGGAUACGGAUACGUAUAUGGUACAUCACACACACUCCAAAGUUAGCCAUUAAGCGUAAAUGUUUAUGGAAUAAGACAAACACAAGCAAUUAAACAAAAUUUAUAGUACA